CUGCCCAGCAUGGCGGGGGUGCAGCAGCCGGCCGCCGCGCUGCUCAUCAGCCGCCUGGCCGAGCCCCUGCUGCGGAAGCUCAGCGACCUGUUGGACCGGGCGGCGCCGGGCAGGGGCUGGCGGGACUUGGCGCAGCUGGCCGGGAGUCACGGCGGGCUGCGGCUGAGUCCGACCGAGUUGGAGCAGUGUUCUCUCCAAGUACUGGAGCCCAAUGGAAGUCCCAGCAGGAGCCUUCUUCGGCUCUUGGGUGAGAGGGGCUGCACCGUGUUGGACCUCCGAGAGCUACUACAGGCACUUGAACACAGUGAGGCUCUCCAGUGCCUCAGUCCUCCAAGUAUAAAGAUAGUUGUAGAACCAGAAUCUCAGGCGGUGUUUUCUGGGCAGACAGUGAAGCUGAACUGCUUGGCAAUUGGGCAUCCACUUCUACAUUACCAGUGGUUUAAGCAAGAGAAAGAGAUUCCACAUGGGAAUUCUCCAGAGCUAGUGUUCAACCAAGUAAAUGCAGAUGACUCUGGCUUCUACAUCUGUCGAGUGAACAGCGGCUUUUCCUUUGUGUUCAGCCAGUGGGCACAGCUGACUGUUUGCGAUCUCCAAAGAGCUUCCCCGGGAAGCUCUUUUGAUCUGCCUGGGGAAACGCUUUAUAUUUGCACCCAUCCACAGUCCCAGAAUCUAGUAGCUGGGGAAAAAUUGGUGCUUCAAUGCGGAGUUGUUGGGAUUCCCACGCCUCAAUACCAGUGGUUCAAGAAUGGAUCUCCACUGACGAAUGGGGAUAAAAAGGCAUAUGUGGUUUCCUGUGUGGACAUCGAACAUCAAGGCACAUACUGGUGCCAUGUAUACAAUGACCAAGAGGCUCAAGAAAGCAAGAAAGCAGAAGUUAUUGUAGGUGGAAAGUCUAUUGCAGUAGAAUGCACUGAAGAAGAUUUAACUGGCAUUGGAGGGCCUGAUCUCGUGGAACAAUCAACUGAAAGGCAUUUUGCGGUAGACAAGGUAGCCUUGCUGAUGGGCAACAUGUGCUACCGUAGGCACCCGAAGCUGAAGGCACCUUUGGUGGAUGUUUACGAACUCACCAACCUCCUGAGGCAGCUGGACUUCAAAGUGGUUUCCCUCCUGGAUCUUACUGAACCUGAGAUGCGGAACGCUGUCGAUGAAUUCUUAUUGCUCCUGGACAAAGGAGUAUAUGGCUUAUUAUAUUAUGCCGGCCAUGGCUAUGAAAACUACGGCAACAGUUUUAUGGUUCCUAUCGAUGCCCCAAAUCCCUAUCGGGCUGCCAACUGCCUCUGCGUACAAAACAUUCUCAAACGGAUGCAGGCGAAGGAGACAGGCCUCAAUGUGUUUUUACUGGAUAUGUGCAGGAAAAGGAAUGAAUAUGACAACACCAUUCUAAUCUUGGAUGCCCUGAAGGUUACAGCUAACAUUGUUUUCGGAUAUGCCACGUGCCAGGGUGCAGAAGCUUUUGAAAUUCAACAGUCUGGAUUAGCCAAUGGGAUUUUCAUGAAGUUUUUGAAAGAACGCUUAUUAGAAGACAAGAAGAUUACUGUGUUGCUGGAUGGGGUGGCAGAAGAUAUGGGCAAGUGUCACCUUACCAAAGGCAAGCAGGCUUUGGAGAUCCGCAGCAGUUUAUCUGAGAAGAGAGCACUAACCGAUCCCAUUCAGCAAACGGAAACCUCUGCAGAGGCGCUGGCGCGGAACCUCCAAUGGGCCAAGGCACACGAGCUUCCAGAAAGCAUGUGCUUCGAGUUUACAUGUGGUGUUCAAAUUCAACUUGGCUUUGCUGCCGAAUUUUCCAACGUCAUGAUUGUCUACACGAGGAUCGUAAAGAAACCUCCUGAAAUAACAGUCUGCAAAGCCUAUGUUACAGAUUUCCCACUUGACUUGGAUGUAGAUCCUAAGGAGUCAAAUAAGGGGACCCCCGAGGAAACAGGCAGUUACUUGCUUACAAAGGACUUGCCCAAACACUGCCUUUAUACAAGAAUAAGCUCACUACAGAAGCUAAAGGAAGACUUAACUUUCACAGUGUGCCUGCAUUAUGAAUACACCGGAAUAGAUGACGUCGUGGACGAGAGGAAGUUGGUGAACAUUGGCAAACCGCUCAUUGCCAAACUGCGCAUUCAUCAAGGGUUCCGGAACAACAGCUGCAUCCAGAGCUGUUGUGUCCCCAAUGGAUCUUGCCUCCCCCAGCCCCCUGUUGUUGGGGCAGCCAAACAUUGCCCCCCUUCCAGCCAGCACCUUCCACCACAACCCUACAUGGGCUUUUGCCAACUGAGCCCUGCUCACACAGGAAAUACUGCACAGCCACUGAAAUGCCACUGCGGUGUAGCUCCAGACCAGUUAAUGGGUUGGCCAUCAACCUGGAUGUAUCCUUCCAACUCAAACCUGAGCAACGUACCCGUGGAGACGACGGAUGACAUGAGUGAAGAACUGGGGUCCCAUUUGUCAGGAAGUUUAAGGUUGUCUCAGCCACAGUAGUUGU